AUGUCAAAAAUCGAGGAGUUGUCAGUAAUCCGAGUGAGUUCCGCCAUUGAGGGUACUAUAGGUAGUAGGGUCUGGAUGGUGAGUUGGAACCACAGCGGGACGUUAUUGGCAAGUUGUGGAGAUGAUAAAACAGUUCGCAUAUGGAAGAAAACUUCCAAAUGCAAUAAACUAGAAGGUCACGAAAGCGAGGUAAAAUGUUGUGCAUUUUCACCAUCUGACGAAUUCCUAGCAACUUGUAGUCGAGAUAAGAGUGUAUGGUUUUGGCAAAUGGAUGAAGACGACGAUUUUCAAGUUUGUUCUGUACUUCAGCAACACACUCAAGACGUCAAAUUUGUCAAAUGGCAUCCAUCUGAAGAGUUGUUAGUAUCAUGCAGUUACGAUUACUCCUUGGUUUUCUACAAAUUUGAUGGUGAAGACUGGAUCACUCAACAAAAGAUCCCUGAUGCUCACGAUGGUACAGUAUGGUGUGCAGCCUUUGACAGCGAAGGUCAUCGACUAAUCACUGUUGGCGAAGACAGCAUUGUACAAUUGUGGAAGCGCAAUUCUCUUUCGGAACCUGCUGUUAAUGACAAGUGGCGAUCCGUCGCCAAACUGCAUGUUGAUUCACAACUGCCCUUGUAUUCGGUCUCUUGUCAUAAUGUCACAGGGCUUAUUGCUGUGGCAGGAGGUGAUGGAUUUAUA